CGAAAAGGUAUGGGAGGAGAAGCGAGGAGAAGCGAGCCGCAGGCGCAGAGAGGCUUUAACAAGCAGCGCCACAGUUUGGUGUUCCACACUUUCAAGAUGGAUGCUUUCGCCCUCGAUAGGUUUCUGUUUCUUUUUCGUGACGGCAUCGUGUGGGUCGGUCACCCCUUCGUGAAGAACUGAAGAUCUUUAUAAAUAACGAGAAUUUACUGAUCUGUUGAACGGUUAAAAAGUCGAUUUGAGAGGAUAUCUUUGUGUCUACGUGUUCGGUCUGUCGCUUAUUUUGUAACUUCCUGGUUGGUGUCGCAUAGAUAGUCUAUCGGAGCUGCGGCGACAGCUCAAGUUACUUCGGAAGCUUUACUGGACACAGGAUACAUGGGACUUUAUAUUUCUGUUGAUAUGUAUAAAACCAGAUACAACUAUCGUCAACGAAGGGCAAAGGGAGAAAGACCGAUUUCAUAAGUGCUCAGCAAUGGAAAUUGGGAAUGCUGGUGCCUCGAGUAAAGGUGUUUUAGUACCUGCCUCAGAAAGUUCUCUCGUCUUUCAGAACAAUAUUCUGGCUCCAAUUAAAAGUGCGUACUUGUAUGAGGAGUCAAAUCAGUCUUUUAGUUAUAAGUCUGCUGCCUUGGUAAACAAUCCUGCACUGGAAGAAAAGUAUUAUGCCUUCCGAGCAAAGAGAAGAGAAAUAGGAUAUUCAGAGGAGGAUCUGAAGGAAUCCUAUGGGUUUUUGCUGUUUGACGAUGUCAACAAGGCUAAUGCACUUGGGGAAACUGGUGUGCUCACAGGAAACGGCACAUGCACAACUCUGGGAGAUCCUUCAAAAGGUGUUUACAUAUCAAUGUACUCUGACUGUUUGGAUCUGAAUCGCUGGUAUCAUGGGAAAUCUGGAUACAUUGCCAUCAUCAGGUUGACAAAGGGUAGAGUUAAAACCGUCUUAGAGAACUACACAGAGAAUCUCACUGCACCCACUGCAGGGUUCGACUGUCAUGUGUCAGAGCAGUUGCCUUCAGUAUCUGCUAAAACCAGCUCAUUUCUCGCCUUUGAGAGAACCCAGUAUUACAUGUAUGAGCUGCUAAAUGAUGAAGCCAAUGGUACAGCUCAAUCCCUGAGCGGUGCCUGUCCUUUUGCUAUUGUAUCAUUUUCAUAUGCGGAUACCAAAGCAACACCUUUAUCACCCCAAGAGCAAAGUGUGGAAAGAAAACUUGUUCCUCAUUACAUUCCGUGGAGGGGUCAGCUUGAAAUAGGGGCCCAGUUUUAUGAAGUUGGGCUCAGGUCUACAGCCGGGGCCUUGAUUCCUGCAGAACUGCCACCAGUGAUAAACAUUGGUAAAGCAAUAUCCAUGUCAGAUCUGAGACAGCUGUUGCCGAAGGCUGUCUUUGAAACAUGCUUCUCUGGUGAAGUCUUUCUAGAUGGCUUAUACUGCACUCUGUGUGAGUUUGUCUCUUUGGGGGCAGUACAAACCCAGUCACUUUCUCUGCUUCUGCGGGAGGUCAAAGAAAAAGAUCUUGCUCUCACUUUUCAGCUGCAUGAUGGUGGUUCUCUUGUCCUGUUGCACUCUUCUCAUUUCCUCACAUAUGAUGAUACUGGGUCCAAUGGUACUGAUGUCCUGCAAGGCAUGUUUGUGUUUCCAGUCUCACAAGUUAUACGGAGAGACACAAAAUUUGGACAACGAAAGCCUGCCAUCUCAUCUGACAUCCUGCAGGUUCUACCAGUGCUAAGUUAUGCAGAGUGUGAAGUCGAGAAAACCACCAUUGACCCAGGCGAAGAGUUGUGUGAAGUCUUGGCGCAGUAUAUGCAGAGUUACGCAGCACUAAUAAAUCCUGGGUUGGCAUUAAUUCCGUCAAGGGAAGUCAGCAUCUUUCCAGAUCAGUAUGAUGUACCGGAUGCCCACAAACACCUCUAUUCAUCCCCGGAGUGGACUAACAGGGCAUGGCAGAGCUUAAGGACUUACCUGAGCAAACCUGCCUCUUUUCAACUGCCAGUGUCCAAGGCUUCAGAAAUCCUGGCAAGUGGACUAGAGGAUCGAAUGGAAGACCUUGAUGAUGAUGUCUACAUCAUUCCCUCAUCUCCUGAAGAGGCACCAGCUAAUUCUGUUAGCAUGGAAUCAGUGGAUCACUUGAAAGAACGGAGAUCUCCUGUAAAUGUUAAAACACUUGUUGACACUUGUAUAGAAAAUGCUGAAGCACAAGUUGAUUUUACAGAUGUCUCUCAAAAUGUUCUAGCAAAUGAUUUGCAACCUAGAAAUGCUACCAAAGACACUGGCAAAUGUGACCUGACUGUGCUGGUCAAAGCUGAUGAGAUGGCGUCAAAAAAACUUCUGACUCCCUCUAAAUCGGAUGACCUUCCUGCAGAGCUUAUUGUAAGCAUCACCUCUGCUGAGGGAACUGUCACUGAGGAAGGUUUAAGUAUAAUCCAUACUGUAUCUGCAACAAAGCACAAUGACUUUCACCUGUCUGGUUGUACAACAAACAAAUUGCAAAUGGCAGGAGUGAACUCUCUGAAUGAUGAGACGGUUACAAACAAAAAGAUUUUGGAUUUCCAAGAAGUCACCAAUCUCUCAAAAGCUGAACGGAAGAAAAUACACAGGGUACAUUCCAAAGGUUGGAAAAAAGUAUCUAAAGCUUGUAUUCAGCUUCCCAAUUUACAAAUACCAGAAGAGGAUGACAAUUUGAAGAGUCAGAAGGAAGGCCAAGCCAAGGAAUCAUCAGCCCACCCACAGUUAGGUACUUGUUCAAAAAUGGAUUGGAGGAAAUUUCGGCAAAAGUGCAAAUUAAGAAAACUGUCAGCAAAAAAUGAAAAGGUUAUAUCUGCUUCUGUUGGAUUAGCAGCACCAGAGGAGAAAAAGACAGAUCCUGGACCGGAGAGCUUGGAAAGCAACAUUUUAAUGGAACUUCAAGCUUUCCCUUUGAGAAAGAGAACUGAGCGAUGGGACUUGAAGCCAGUCAUCAGCGAAUGUGGAAGAAUCCUGGUUCCUCAUGGUUCUGUUGAUAUUGCAGAUCACAUUAGGUCUUUAAAGGAUAAAUAUAAAUCUAAAAAAGAUGAACCCAUACCUGAAAAAUUGUUGGCUGGGGCAUCUGUGAUUGCUCAUGACAGAGUCGAAACAGUGGGCAAAACAGAGGCCUCGACAUCCAAAGAUGGAGGGAAUCUUCAAAGCGCUGCUGACAAUGAUGUCAAUCCUGAACACAAUAUCUUUGGAGCAUCGGAUGAUGGCAAUGGUUUAUUGACAUUGAAUCCAGAGAGUAGUGACCAUUCUUCAAAGACUUAUGGCAAAGCAACCCCUCCCUCAGAAGCUGUUAAAAGGAAAUACACUCAUACCCUUUCCCAAAAAAAGAUUGCCACAAAGGGUGCAUCUCUGUUGAGUAAAUUAAAGUCCGUUCUUCUAAGAGGAAAGAGAAAAGCUGCUCUUCUAUUGCCAGACGAAAUGACUGCAGGUGGUGCCGAAAACAGUGAGCCCUGUCCCAAGAAGGGCAAAUUUGACACUGGGGGUAAUAAUGCAAUAACAACUGUCCAGGACACCACUAUGGAUGCUGGGGAAGUUUCAAAGAGGCUGUCAGUUGACCCUCUGUUUGCAUAUGCCCUAGGCCUGACCCCUAAAGAGACACCAGAUAAGAUACAGAAAACAGAGGAUCAAGAAAAUCAACAAAGCAAAGACUCAUCAGGGACCCAAGUACGAACUGUUUUGGACAAUCAACCUCAAGUCCUACAAAGGCCUCCAUCAAUCUUUCCGAGAAGGGGAAGGAUUAAAAUGCUCAAAAAGCACCAAGGCAUCCCCACAGAGUGUGUUAAAAAGAAAUGGUGGUUGCAUUUUCAAACCCCAGCUUGUUAUGCCAGUGAACUCAAAUACAAAGAAAGUACUAGGGAUAAAUCUGUCAGGAAGACUGUUAAGGAAAAAAAGAAAAGUACUUGCUCAUCUACAGAUGCUUUGAACUUACUUGCUGACUUGGCACUCAGUGUCAGUAAUGACCAGGUUCCACCACAACCAGAUCCAGCUCUUGAGAGAAAACAAGAAACAAGUUUGAAGAAAUGUGACCUUACAAAAGAUGUUACCAGUGCUGAACAAGAGUCAGUUCUUCAUGCUCUGCUUAGACAGCCUGCUGCUAGACCCGUGCAACCUCUUGAGUGUCCUUCUCCAAGCAAUCCUGUGGGAUGCACUGAAUUGGUUGAUUUGGUAUCUAAAGAACAUGCUUACUCAUUGCCACCGUCUUCCUCUCUACUGUUGGGUCUGCCAGGUACACCCUUCCAGGUUUCACCUUUAAGUGGUUCUACCAGACUGCUGCACCAUCACCAGACAAUGUUUGGCGAUGGAAUUAAAACACUACACCCUACUGCCAAGAAAUUAGGGACAGAACCAAACCACAGAACUCCUGAAUAUCUGAAAAUGAACAAGGUGUGCAGAAUAAAAUUCAGAAACUCCCGUACCUUUGAUAACAAGGAUGGAUCUAUCCAAGUCACAAAGCAUUGGAAAGAAAACUAUGACUUUGAUCUGGACAGCAAGUUUACAAAUGACUCAAAGGAUAGAACUAUCAUCCGAGCCUUGCACGGCCCAUGGAAUUUCUCCAUUCAAGACACCAGUGAAGAGGUGCGACUGAUCGUCCACAUGUGGAUAGGUCUGUUCUACAGUCGGUCAACAGCCAGGUUUUUUAAUAUUGACCCAUACCCAUGUCCAGAAGAGAGUGAUUCUUUGGAAAGGUCCUGUGGAAUGGUAUCAGCAACAGCUCAGCCUGAGCUCAUGGCCAACUCAUUGGUUCCUCUCCCAAAUGUAACAAACACUGCAGACCCAAAAGCUUUGGAUCUCAGCAAAAAAGAUGACUCUGUGUUACAGCAAGGAUCUGUGAUUUUGGACUUGUCGCUGAGAAACUCCAAUGCAGAGAUUGUCGCUUCAGAUUCACUGAUCAACAGAAAGGAAACGUUUGUAUCCAGUAAUCAGAAGGAAAUCAGUGAUGCCUUGAACCCAUUCAAGGCAUCUGAGGGACGAGAGAAGGCCAUCACAACUCCGUGUUACAAAAAGAUGGUACAGUCCACAAUGAUUGUCAAUGAGAUAAAUGAUCUCCGAAGCACUCAUGAAAAUAAGAGGACUUAUACACCUUCGCAAGAGACCCUGGAACACAAAGUUCUACACAUUUUUCAAGGUGAUGGAACAUUCAUUCCUGCACAAGAGAUGAAAAUAAUAUUCUUCCAGCCAGAAAAUGAUAACAAUGCUCCACGAAUUGGCCACUUGUUAUUUGGAUGCCAAAAUGAGAAGACCAACGUCAUAGAUGGCAUUGACAAUUCAGAGGCUACAGAGAUGAGUUUCGUGCAAAAACACGGAAAGGAUUCCUACAAAUCUGUGAGGGAUAAAAAGGUGGACCUUAACAAAAAAACAUCUGAUGUGGGUACUAAAAUUGAGCAUGAUGAAAUUAAAGCCAAAGAAAGAAAGAAAGAAACGCCAUGCCAAGAAAGCAAUGAACCUUCUCCAAAAGUAAUUCAUUCGAAUGAUGGUUCUACAAAGAAAGAAUCAGGUAUAGUCUGCAAUGGAAGUCUUAUAGAACAUGAGAAGCAAAUGUGUGUGAAGGAAGCUUUAGUAGUCUCACCAGGCAAGGAUGAAAAUGUUAAAGAUGUGGAAUGUUGUACUGGACAAAAAGGAAAAGUGAUCGAAGAUGCCUCCGGAAAGACGAGUGGACUUGAUCAGAAAGACAGUUGUAUUUCACCUGUGGACUCGGUAGAGAAGGAUUGCGUCACAGAGUGUAAUCACAAUCCAUCAUUGGUUGAGCAACAACCUGAAGCCAACCAGGUCUGCCAGGAUUUGCAUUUCAGAAAGCUGUGGGGAAAUGACAGUGCAUUGAUGGGUGAAUAUGCAAUUUCAGAAAAAUCUUCUCUCGCUCAAUUAGAAAUUAAGUCUAUUUCUAAAGAUCCUACAAUUGAGGACAAUUCUGAAAUUGAUAUUGGUUUGGAAAAUAAGGUGCAUUAUCAGAUGGCAGCAUUACCCAGUUCUGAUGAGAACAACUGUUCAUUAGAUGGGUCUAAUGCAGAGAGGCAACUUUUACUGACAAAAGACCAAUGUAAAAACGGAAGCAAUAACAAAGUAUUAGCAAACUUGACUCUGGGUAAUCACAAUUAUGAAGACCAAGAAACCAAAUCAAUUGAGGCAGAGGAAAAGGUUGUUAACACGACUGAAAAAGAACUACUUCCUCAUCAGUCUCAAUCCCCUCAGUGUGAAGCGGAAGUGACACUGAUAAAGGAAACAGGUGACAAUCAGAUCUUCAAAACAAAUGAGGGAUUGGAAAAGAUCUACAAGGGAGUUGUAAUUCCAUUUAUUGGAAUCGACAUCUCCCAAGAGGUUACAGAACAAACACACAAUUCAAGCUCACUAGACAAUAUUAAAGAAGUUGUCAAGGAAGUAGUACCGAUUAUCAGUGUAAGUACCUACCCUGAAACUGUCGUUUCCAAGGGGGUAUGCAGUACAUCUAAAAUGAACAGUAAAAAGGCAGUACUGUAUGCUGACAAACUUUCCACACUGCUUCUUGACGUAAUCAGUCAGACAGUGGCUUCUGGAAGUGAAUCUGACGACCGGUGCCCUACCCCAACUAUGGAUGAGAAACCAUAUCAGCACCUAACCAGCUCUGGACCUAGUAGUACUAGUGUUUCAGCUUUUUGUGGCAGUGCAACCUCCAAAAACAUCACUCUGAAUUGUCCUAGCAGAAGCUUAACAUCCUUACAGAAUGAGAUGCCUAACAGGUCUACAGUUAACAGUGAUGCCAACCGACAUAAUGACCUUGACCCUGAUGUUGAACUAAGAACUCUUAGAGUUUUAAAAUGUAUAGACAAGUUCUUCUCCAAAUCAAGCAAUGUUGACACAUCCAGCCAGAGUCAAACAGCUGAUAUGAAACACUCUCCGGAUAAAACCUCUGACCUCGGAAGCAAUUAUAUUUCCUCUGGCUUAAUGCCAAGCCACACCUCAUCUGACUUUGACGAUAAGAAAAUAAGCAAUACAACGCCAACAAUGGCGCCAGCCUCUACCUCACGAGAACUGCACACAGAAUCAACAGGUCACUUUCUUAUUUCGCCUUUCAAAAGCAAAUUAGAAGGAGUACUUGGAGUAAAGUUGCAGCUACAGGAAACUGACUCAUCAGUUCAACAGCAUUUCGAAAGACCGGAUAAAGUACAAGAAACCUCCGUAGAGCAAAACUAUUGUCAUCCCUCCAGAUCUGUUCCCUCUGCUGAGAGUUUGCAAGACAUUAAACUAAAUAUUGACCAUGAUGGACAUAAAACAACAUCCCAGACCAAUUUAAGUCAGGAACCACGUUCAUACAGUCAGCGUCCUAUCAUGGCGGUGAAACCUUCCAAGAGUGAUGAAAGUAAAGGAGAUUACAUUUCUAAAGACAGGCAAAUUGAAAACACUGCAAUGUCUAUUAUUUUGAAAAAUGCAAAGACUCAAUCCCCAGUAGUCUCAAUCAACAAAACCACUACAAUGCUCUUGGAGAAAAAGACAGAAAGUCUUAAAAACAAUUCUGAAGGACUUAAUGAUGAUAAGCAAGAGGUUAGUGAGCUUUCUCGCAGUUUGUUAUCAAGUGUUAGUGACAGUAAGCCCAAAUCAGAUAAAGCUGAAUGUAUACUUCUAGAUUCCAUAAGUCAGCACCAAGGAAGUGACAUAACACAAUUCAACAAGAUUCCUUCACCAUCUCUGUCUGUGCACUCUUGUGAUUCUGAACAAAAUUCUUCUGGACUUGUGACACAUGUGGAGAAAGGGGGGCAAGCUACUCAAGAUAGCAUUGAAAUGGAUCAGAAAAACUGCUUAAAUGCAUCAAUUUCAGAUGCAGAUUCCAAAGAAUGUGGCAAGCAAGAUGACAGUCUUUCAAUGGGACCUAACAGCUCACUAAUGUGUACGGUCUAUAACACUAGCCAGGAGAGACCUCAUUCUUUUCUGGAGCAGGUUUCUCAUAGGUGCCUUCAGGAUGACCCUACCGAGGGGUCAAUGGAGAAGGAGUGCCUAAUCUUCUCAGAACAAAUGAAACAGCUUUUAAAAAGGAAAAACAAGGAACCCAUCUGCCAACAGGACACACAAGAUACAUUGAAUGUGUCAUGUGUCAGUCCCAUGACUGUGCACUUUAGCAGUCUAGAGGAGCAGGAAGAUUUUAUCGAUCCCUUAAUGGCACAUUUGGAUGCUACGUCAUUUAUUGGACACAAAAUCAAGGUGGACCUGUCUGAGAGGAAAGAUAUUGCAGGCUCUACUGAAGAAGGAAAUCAUUUGCAUUCUCAGAAAUUAUCUCAAGGAACAGAGAACCCUAUGAAACAUCCUGGAAUUUCUGGUUUGAAAUCAGAUUAUGCCAGACUGUACAAGACAAUGAUGAAUGAGGUCUGUGAUUCCAAAAAGGUCCCAUCUAGACCUAAGCACUUCAGAAUGGAUAGAGGAUACCCAAAGACUGAACCAAGUAACCAUUUUGACUUCUGUGAUCAAAUGAAGAGAGAGGUGGAUGAGAGUUUUCGCAGCAGUCUGAAUUCAGUGGUGAAGAAAUCCUGUAAAACAAAAUACAGAUUCUACAUAAUGGUGACGUCAGAGGAUGCCUUCUUUGAGGAAACCAAGGUACAAUUGCAGGCAGAGGGUCACACUGCUGUACAGCCAGCCGAGUUCUUCCUUGGGGAGGAUAGUCCUUCACCUCUACUCAUCAUCCUCAGGAAUGAAGACAUUGCAGAGCACAUUUGUGAGGUCCCGCAUUUGCUCGAGCUCAGGAAGUCCCCAGUUGUGCAGUUCGCUGGAAUCGACGAACCAGAUGAUGUUGUGAAUCUAACCCAUCAGGAGCUCUUCACAAGGGGUGGCUUUAUAAUGUUCGACAGAGCAGGCCUGGAGCACCUGAACCUUUGCAACUUCAAAAAAAUGUCGGAAGUUUUGCAAGGAAUGAGCAGAACGGGGAAAUGGAAAUGGAUGUUGCACUACAGAGACAGCCGUUGGCUGAAAGAAAAUGCAAGGUUGAGUUCAGAGGGAAAAGAGAAGCAGAACUUCCUGAACUGUUGCCAAGAAGCUGGAAUAUUGGAGGUCUUGCCUUAUCAUGAGUGUGAUCUCAUGUCAAGAGAAGGGCCAGACUACCUUGCUUGUUUGGUCCGUUUGCAGGUCCAGAAUAUAUCAGCACGUUACCCUGUGUUUAUAACCGACACGACGACAGACAACGCAUUUGGAAAGAAUGGAAUAUUAACAAUGACUUUCGACUCUUUCCUGACGUAUUUUCCAAGCUUAACACUUACAGCCUAAACUGGAGAAAUUUGGAUGGAGUAUCUAAAGGUGUGCAAUUCAAGAACAUAACAUGACAAACCCACUUAACCAUGUCAUGGUGAUUUCAAACCUACUACAUUUUAAUAAUAUAUUUAUUGAUGAGGCCUUCAUCAAUUCAGCUCUUUUGUUUGGGUCAAUAACUACUGAUUCAUUAUUUGACAUUAUUUUUCUAUCAUUUUAAUAAGUUAUAAUUCAGUUAAUGGAUACAGGUACACAUAUUUGGGGAAAUAGGCAGGUGUGUACUGUACGCAUUUUGUAUAUUUUGUAGAUUGUAUUUUCACCGUUAAAACUAUGUUAUGUUGACUUAAUUCAUUUACAGCACAAUUAUUAUUACCUCAGCCAAGGAGGUGAUACUGUUUGCUUUGGUUAGGCAGGGUUUUGUUCGAGCAUGGGUCAAAGAAAACCCAACAGCUACAGCCUUGGCAUUAGGGUUUUAUUUUAGUUACAACUUGUCAACAAAGCCAAAUCAGGCUGUUUUAAAUAUGUUAUAUAUUAAAGUAUUCUGACGGUGAUAUUGAAUUUUGAUUUUGUAAAAUACUUUGAGCAGAGCAAUUUAAUGUUUUGACUAUGCACUUGUUUUGUUAAUAUUUCAUGACUGUAUAGAGAAAUUUGACUGAGAAUAAAGAUGUUUUUUUGUUAAGAA